AGAAGACGUCUGCACCUGCUCGAUAAUUCAAUCGUUCUAUGUUCUAUGUUCUUAACGCUCUUGGUGCCGAAGUGGUCAGAACUCCUAUCUCAGCUAGUUCCGAUUCACCUGAAGGACUAUUUGGCGUAACUAACAGACUGAAGAAUGAAAUUCCCAACUCUAUUAUUCUCGACCAAUACAGUAAUCCUGGAAAUCCUUUGGCGCAUUAUGAUACAACUGCUGAGGAAAUAUUGGAUCAAUGUGAUGGUAAAAUCGAUAUGAUUGUACUUGGUACUGGUACAGGUGGCACCAUGACAGGAAUUGGAAGAAAGAUCAAAGAAAAAUCACCAAACACAAUCGUUGUAGGUGUUGAUCCUGAAGGUUCCAUUUUAGCACUGCCUGAAGAAGUUAAUAAAACAGAAACUGAUUUUUACGAAGUAGAAGGAAUUGGCUAUGAUUUCAUACCAACUGUUUUGGACCGUAAUGUUGUUGAUGAGUGGGUUAAAAUUAACGAUCAAGAAUCUCUGCCAAUGGCUCGUAGACUCAUUAAGGAGGAAGGUCUUCUAUCUGGAGGAAGCAGUGGUGCAGUUGUUGCUGGUGCUCUCAAAGCUGCCAAAAACUUGAAGAAAAAUCAACGUGUUGUAGUUCUGUUACCUGAUAGUAUAAGAAAUUACAUCACAAAGUUUGUUUCUGAUCAUUGGAUGGAGUCAAAAAAUUUACAAGAACCUGUUAAUACACAAAAUCAUUCGUGGUGGGAUACUGCUGUUACAGAAAUCACAAUGCAACCUCUGACAACAGCUAAACAGUGUAUCCAGUGUUUCAAAGUGUUGAAAAUGAUGAAACUAAGUGGAAUAGAUCAAAUACCAAUUGUUGACAAUGAUGGUUCUCUCGUAGGUGUGGUGACUAUGCAGAAUUUACUAAAUAAACUUAUAGCAAAGAAAAUAACUGCAAGUGAUGAAAUAUCAACUAUAGUUGAGACAAUUUUCUCCAAAAUAUCUAGCUCUGGAACUUUGGGAGUUGUUUCAAGAACGUUGGAAAGGGAAUCAUUUGUGGUUGUUGUAGACAAAAACGAAGCACUUGGUAUAAUCACUGCUGUUGAUUUGUUACAAUUCGUUGCCACAGAAGAAGGUUGCCGAAGAAAAGCAGAAGAAGAAUCUGAAUAAUUGAAAGUGCAAUAAUUUAUUGAUAUUGUUGUUUCAAAAUAAAAAUGGGUUGAUGUGUGAUAUGAAUUUCAGCUUUUUGAGUGGAGUUGAAAAUGACCAGUUGAUAAAAAAUUAUUUAUCAGUAGACAACAAGUUGAGAUCCGUGAUGCUAGUGAUAAAAUACUGGGCUCAACUACACGAAUUGACUUGUAAAGAGCGAGGUUUAUCCAAGUAUUCUUUGACGAUGAUCUUCAUUUUCUACCUUCAGCACGAACAUUCCUUCCCCAGUGUUUAUGAAUUACAAGAAAAUACAGUUCCCACAAACCCUACUAUUAUAUGGAACAUGAACUUUGCACACAUAGAGGAAACAUCUGAUAAAAUAAAAGAAAUACACUCAAAAUCAAUGUUCAGCCUUCUUUUCGGUUUCUUUAGUUAUUAUGAGGACUUCCUGUA